GCGCGAGCCGAGCGGAGCGGGAGGCGGACCGCGCGCUGCUCUCAGAGCUCCCUUCGGCGUAUACAGGGGCGCGGGUACUGACCGCGGGGCCCACGGGCCGGCCCGGUGCGCCGGGCUCCGGACCAUGGCGCUGCGCGCCCGGGCGCUCUACGACUUCAGGUCCGAGAACCCCGGCGAGAUCUCGCUGCGGGAGCACGAGGUGUUGAGCCUGUGCAGCGAGCAGGACAUCGAGGGCUGGCUCGAAGGGGUCAACAGCCGUGGUGACCGCGGCCUCUUCCCGGCCUCGUACGUGCAGGUGAUCCGUGCGCCCGAGCCUGGCCCUCCGGCGGACGGCGGCUCCGGAGCUCCGGCCCGCUACGCCAACGUGCCGCCCGGCGGCUUCGAGCCUCUGCCCGCCGCGCCGCCCGCCGCCUUCCAGCCGCUGCUGCAACCACAGGCGCCGCCGAGUUCCUUCCAGCCUCUCGGCUCCGGCUUCCCGUACGGCGGGGGCGCCCUGCAGCCGUCGCCGCAGCAGCUGUACGGCGGUGGCUAUCAGGCCAGCCAGGGCAGCGACGAUGACUGGGACGACGAGUGGGACGACAGCUCCACGGUGGCCGACGAGCCGGGCGCGCUGGGCAGCGGCGCGUACCCGGACCUCGACGGCUCGUCGUCGGCGGGCGGAGGCGCGGCCGGCCGCUACCGCCUGUCCACACGCUCGGACCUGUCGCUGGGCUCACGCGGUGGCUCGGCGCCGCCGCCGCACCAGGCGUCGGGAGCCAAGAGCUCGGCCACGGUGAGCCGUAACCUCAAUCGCUUCUCCACCUUCGUCAAGUCGGGCGGGGAGGCCUUCGUGCUGGGCGAGGCGUCGGGCUUCGUGAAGGAUGGGGACAAGCUGUGUGUGGUGCUGGGACCCUACGGCCCCGAGUGGCAGGAGAACCCCUACCCCUUCCAGUGCACCAUCGACGACCCCACCAAGCAGACCAAGUUCAAGGGCAUGAAGAGCUACAUCUCUUACAAGCUGGUGCCCACGCAUACCCAGGUGCCCGUGCACAGGCGUUACAAGCACUUCGACUGGCUGUAUGCGCGCCUGGCCGAGAAGUUCCCUGUCAUCUCGGUGCCCCACCUGCCGGAGAAGCAGGCCACCGGGCGCUUCGAGGAGGACUUCAUCUCCAAGCGCAGGAAGGGCCUGAUCUGGUGGAUGAACCACAUGGCGAGCCAUCCUGUGCUGGCCCAGUGCGAUGUCUUCCAGCAUUUCCUGACCUGCCCCAGCAGCACAGACGAGAAGGCCUGGAAACAGGGUAAGCGGAAGGCCGAGAAGGAUGAGAUGGUUGGCGCCAACUUCUUCCUCACUCUGAGCACACCCCCUGCCGCCGCCCUGGACCUUCAGGAGGUGGAGAGCAAGAUUGAUGGCUUCAAGUGCUUCACCAAGAAGAUGGACGACAGCGCGCUGCAGCUCAACCACACUGCCAACGAGUUUGCCCGCAAGCAGGUGACUGGCUUCAAGAAGGAGUACCAGAAAGUGGGCCAGUCCUUCCGGGGCCUCAGCCAAGCCUUUGAGCUGGAUCAGCAGGCCUUCUCGGUGGGUCUGAACCAGGCCAUCGCCUUCACCGGAGACGCCUACGACGCCAUCGGCGAACUCUUUGCUGAACAGCCCAGGCAGGACCUGGACCCCGUCAUGGACCUGUUAGCGCUGUACCAGGGCCACCUGGCCAACUUCCCAGACAUCAUCCAUGUUCAGAAAGGAGCUCUUACCAAAGUAAAGGAGAGUAGACGGCAUGUGGAGGAGGGGAAGAUGGAGGCGCAGAAAGCUGACGGCAUUCAAGACCGCUGUAACACUAUUUCUUUCGCCACAUUGGCCGAGAUUCAUCACUUCCAUCAAAUCAGAGUACGAGACUUUAAAUCACAGAUGCAGCAUUUUUUACAACAACAAAUAAUAUUUUUCCAAAAAGUGACCCAGAAGUUGGAAGAGGCGCUUCACAAAUACGACAGCGUCUAGUGACUGGCCGCGGACUCUGCGCGUGUCUUCAGGUCGAGGGUAACUUCUACAGCAGAAUAAAACUGCUUUCAAAGAGCUGUUGCCAACUCUAGCUGCUGGUACGAGGAUGGCUUUGCGUUCAACUGAAACCCAGCUGGCUAUGGAAUCACGUAGGAGAGGAGCGGUUAAUAUGGUUAAUGUAGCAGAAACAGUAUCACACUUUGUAACUAAAUUAUACUAUGUAUGCCUACACUACCAUUGUAACUUUUGGAUAAUGAUUAUACUGUUUGCCUUAUUGCUUUUUGAAGUAUGGGUAUAUUAGUGUAUACUUUGUAGACCUCAAACCCCAUGAAGAGUCUCAAAGAAGCUGGCUGGGUAAAAGCCUGCUGUGGAUGCCUUUUUUAGUCUCACAGAUCAAGAUUACCUAAAUUCAACCUAUUCUCUGUUUACAAACUCCACUAGAGCAGCUAUGCGACUUUGUGCCUUUAGACUGGUUGUUUUCAUUUCUGACCCACCUCUGUUGAAGCCCCAGCUCUUCUGAUGGAAAGAAUGAAAGGCCAGUGUGUGCACUGGUGACAACUGAUGAAAACCUCACAUUUCUGGGGGCGGGUGGGAGUGUCAGUGGCCGUCACUUUGCACAGGAAGCUCGGCCCGGUAAGAUGCUGGCAGUUGCCGAGAAGUGAGACGUGAUGCUAUCUUUGGAUGUAAAGUCUCACAGGAGAAAAGGCAGUGCACCAUAUUCCCUUACACAUACAGUACAUGGCCUCUGGACUCGAGGGUCGCGCAGGCCUGAGGAUUUCUGAAAUGCCCUUAGCACGUGGGGAAGGAGGUUUCCCAUCGGGGAUAAAGUAUAGAAACAGUGAAUGACACAUACUCCAUCUUAGUUUUGGGGAGGGUCUCCGUCUGUCGUCUUUUUUUUUUUUUUUUUUUUUUUUUCUUUAAGCUUGAAAUUUUCAAUGUUCAGCUUUUUGUUUUGGUUUUAAAUGGAUCUACACUGUUAACCGAAUGAGACUCCACUGUGAUUCACUCGUUUACUUAAUCAAAAAAUUUCAGGGAUGCCUGUAAAUUUCAGUGUUAUAGUCAAUGAGGAGUGGUGAUGGUUGAUUUAAAGAGGGACCAGAAAUAAUUUCUCCUAUUCCAGUACUGAAGGAAAAAGAAAUACUGAUUUUUACCGUGUUUUUAAAAAAAAUACAUAUUGAUAAAGCCCCCCCUUAGAACAUUUAACCUUAAAAAUUAUUUUAAAUAUAGUCUUUUAUUAUUAGAAGGGAACUACGGAUGACUGAUAAAUACCAAAAAGAUUCACAAGCAGCUUCAUUUAAAAAGCACAAAGAGGUUCUGGCACAGAGUGGCCAAAUCUCAAUGUUUUUUGUAGUUGCUGAGCUAAAUAAUGUGAUUCUUGAGUUUACAGAUGUAAAAGCUGUCACUGGAGCCUGGAGGACCUGCCUCUGCUGUUCCUGUGACGUACACAUAUGCCACCACAAACCUCCUGGUACUGAAAUGGUGACAUGGGGUAACAGAGGCCAACCUCAGGGGGUGAGCCAGUUACCCAGAAGGCUCAGCGUGCAGAAAGGUCAAAAGAGGAGAGGCUAGUGGGACAGUUACUCCACAGCA